UUUAGUCAAAUUUACUCUCGAUACUCGAAACGUGAUAAUUAUUUUGGAAUGAGUACCAUGUCAAAAGUUGAAUCUUUCUCAUUUAUUUUUUUGAGGUUGGUAACUGCUUGACAAUUAACCCUUUUUUUUUUUUUUUUUAACUGAUAAUACCAAGUCUAAAAAAGACUUUAUAAUCUUUUUCAAUAUUUGAGACUUGAGAAGAAACAUUGAAAUAGAAAAAGAAAGAGAGGAAAAUGGUUGAAGGGUGUUUUGUAAUAUUUUAGAUUCCUAAUUAUUUAAUUAAGAACAGUUAAUUUUAUUGGAUAAUAAUUAUAGAAUUAGUCUAGUUGUAACAUUUUUUAAUGGGACCCAUGAUUUCUUUUUUUUUUUUUAAAGUUGUAAUUUGUGAUGUUUGUGUACAUGUAUGCAUGUUGUUGAGAAUCUUGAAUUUUUAAUUAGCAUUUGCAUUGUUUAUUGAAAACGGUCUCAAUAUCUCUUUAACGUAUGAGGUAAGGCCUGCCUACGUAUUAUCCUCCUUAAAAUCUGCUUGUGGUAAUUGUUGUCAGUGGCGGAACCACAUUGAAUUUCGUCGGAAAAUUAUACUAUUUUUAUAUGGUCAAAAAUAUUUUUAUGUAUAUAUAUAUAUAUAGCAGAUGUUGAACCCCCUCGACUAGUAUGUAUAUUUACGUCUGAACCCACUAAGUGAAAAUUCUGGCUCCGCCUCUGUUUGUUUGUUGUUGCUGUCUGUCAUUUGCUUUGAAUGUUUCUUUACACACCUUUUGGUUGGUAGAUUAUUUAGUAUUAUUGUAAGUAUAGUAUAAGAUUUUGUUGGAAUUAUUUAUAUAGUUUUUGGACAAGGAGUGGAGGUCAUAUAUCUCUCCACUUAGUAUAUCAAAAUAUAGUUGAAAUGUAUAUCAAUUGAUUUGUAUUGGAAGUAAGCAUUUGAAUAUGGUGUAGGAAAAGAAAUCUUGAUCCUUUGUUCUUGUUGUGUAACUCAUCAAGGCUUUAGUUUCAGGUUCUGGAGAGAUUUUGCUGCUUAAUUUUUGUGGCGAAAUGGAUGGAAGAUCCUUCAAACCUUCAGACUCACAAAAAGGUAAGCCUCCGGGCGUGACCUUUGCAAGGAGGACUUCAUCCGGUCGCUAUGUGAACUUGUCUAGGGACUCCUUGGAUAGUGAGAUAAGCGGUAUAGAGUUUGCAAACUACACGGUGCAUAUGCCUCCUACACCUGAUAAUCAACCUUUUGAUCCUACCAUUUCGCAGAGGGUUGAAGAGCAGUAUGUGUCGAAUUCCUUGUUUAGCGGUGGAUAUAACAGUGCUACUCGUGCACAUUUGAUGGAUAAGGUGAUUGACUCGGAAGCCAACCAUCCUCAGAUGGUUGGUACUAAAGGUUCAUCUUGUGCUGUACAAGGUUGCGAUGGAAAAGUCAUGAGUGAUGGGAGGGGUGAAGAUAUCCUUCCUUGUGAAUGUGACUUCAAAAUCUGUCGCGAUUGUUAUAUUGAUGCUGUCAAAACCGGAGAUGGGAUUUGUCCCGGUUGUAAAGAGACUUACAAGAACACUGAUUUGGCUGAGAAUGCUGUCGAUCCCUCUAGACAACCUUUGUCAUUGACUUCAAAUGUUGGGAUGUCGAAAAGUGAAAGGAGGUUGUCAGUGAUGCGAUCAGCUAAUAAGUCGGCCAUAAUAAGGAACGAAACAGGGUUGAUGAGGAGUCAAACUGGGGAUUUUGAUCAUAAUAGGUGGUUAUUUGAGACGAAAGGGACUUAUGGAUAUGGGAAUGCUAUAUGGCCAAAGGAUGAAGUAUUUGGAAACGAUGAAGAUGAUAAUAUCGGUGAGCAUUCUGAACUUUUCAACAAGCCUUGGAGGCCACUUACGCGUAAGCUGAACAUACCUGCUGCAGUUCUCAGCCCAUACCGGCUUUUGAUCUUAAUUCGUGUCGUUGUACUUGGAUUAUUUCUUCAAUGGAGGGUCAGCCAUCCAAAUAAUGAUGCUAUAUGGCUGUGGUAUAUGUCCAUAAUCUGUGAGAUUUGGUUUGCAAUUUCAUGGCUGCUUGAUCAGCUUCCAAAGUUAUGUCCAGUCAAUCGUGCUACCGAUCUUUCUGUCUUAAAAGAAAAGUUUGAAACUCCGACCUCAACCAAUCCUACCGGAAAAUCUGAUCUUCCAGGAAUGGAUGUAUUUGUUUCGACAGCUGAUCCAGAGAAAGAGCCGCCACUCGUUACAGCAAACACAAUACUAUCUAUUCUUGCUGCCGAGUACCCUGUCGAAAAACUUUCUUGCUAUGUAUCUGAUGAUGGAGGUGCUCUUUUGACAUUUGAAGCAAUGGCAGAAGCUGCAAGUUUUGCCAACAUUUGGGUCCCGUUCUGUCGUAAACAUGUUAUUGAACCGAGGAACCCGGAGAGUUACUUCAGCUUGAAGAAAGAUCCUUACAAGAACAAAGUACGCCAAGAUUUUGUCAAGGAUCGUAGGCGUGUGAAGCGUGAGUAUGAUGAAUUUAAGGUUCGAAUCAAUGGUCUUCCUGAUUCUAUUCGCAGGCGUUCUGAUGCCUACAACGCCCGUGAGGAAAUAAAGGCUUUGAAGCUUCAAAGAGAGAGAGGUGGAGAUGAACCUUUGGAACCUAUCAAGAUAACUAAGGCCACUUGGAUGGCAGAUGGAACUUACUGGCCUGGAACUUGGAUGGUAGCUGCUCCUGAGCACUCUCGGGGUGAUCAUGCCGGAAUCAUACAGGUGAUGUUAAAACCUCCAAGUGACGAAGUCUUGCAUGGCGCGACAGCUGAUGGAAGUAUGGUUGAUUUUACAGAAGUUGAUAUUCGUCUCCCUAUGCUUGUAUAUGUUUCUCGCGAGAAGCGUCCUGGCUAUGAUCACAACAAGAAGGCUGGAGCUAUGAAUGCAUUGGUCCGGGCGUCAGCCAUCAUGUCCAAUGGCGCUUUUAUUCUAAACCUCGACUGCGAUCACUACAUCUACAACUCGGAGGCAAUAAGGGAAGGCAUGUGUUUUAUGAUGGACCGGGGUGGAGAUCGCAUUUGUUAUGUCCAGUUUCCUCAGCGGUUUGAGGGUAUUGAUCCUUCUGAUCGUUAUGCAAAUCACAAUACUGUUUUCUUUGAUGUGAACAUGCGUGCACUGGACGGACUUCAAGGUCCAGUUUAUGUAGGCACUGGUUGCCUCUUCCGCAGAACUGCUCUUUACGGGUUUGACCCUCCACGAGCAAAGGAUCGCCACCCUGGUUGCUGCAGUUGUUGCUUUGGGCGGGGCAAGAGUAAGUCCAUUGUUGCUGAUGAAACGAGGGGACUUAGAAUGGGAGACAUUGAUGAUGAAGAAAUGGAUCUCGCUUUGUUUCCUAAAAGAUUCGGCAACUCUAGUGUCCUCAUAGAUUCAAUCCCAGUAGCCGAGUUCCAAGGUAGACCGCUCGCUGAUCACCCUGCUGUAAAACAUGGCCGACCACCCGGUGCACUAACUAUUCCAAGAGAACUUCUUGAUGCUUCCACUGUUGCUGAAGCUGUCAGUGUCAUAUCGUGUUGGUACGAAGACAAAACUGAAUGGGGCAAUCGUGUUGGAUGGAUCUACGGAUCAGUUACUGAAGAUGUGGUAACAGGAUACCGGAUGCACAAUAGAGGUUGGAAAUCGAUAUACUGUGUGACAAAAAGAGAUGCAUUUCGCGGCACUGCACCAAUCAAUCUUACUGAUAGGCUUCAUCAAGUCCUACGAUGGGCUACUGGUUCCGUUGAGAUCUUCUUCUCGCGCAACAACGCCUUUCUAGCAAGUCCAAAGAUGAAGAUUCUACAACGCAUUGCUUACCUCAACGUUGGCAUUUACCCUUUCACUUCAAUAUUCCUCAUUGUCUACUGUUUCCUCCCUGCACUCUCACUUUUCUCCGGCCAAUUCAUCGUGCAGAGCCUUAAUGUCACAUUUCUCGUGUACCUUCUUGUCAUCAGUUUAACUCUCUGUAUGCUCGCUCUGCUCGAGAUCAAAUGGUCUGGCAUCAACUUAGAAGAAUGGUGGCGGAAUGAACAGUUUUGGUUAAUAGGAGGCACAAGUGCACAUCUUGCUGCUGUACUUCAAGGUCUGCUAAAAGUUGUUGCUGGGAUUGAGAUUUCAUUCACUCUGACAACAAAAUCUUCCGGUGAUGACAAUGACGAUGAGUUUGCUGAUCUCUACGUCAUCAAAUGGACAUCGUUGAUGAUUCCACCUAUAACAAUCAUGAUGGUUAACUUAGUCGCGAUAGCAGUUGGCUUCAGCAGGACUAUAUACAGCACGAUACCACAAUGGAGCCGGUUGCUAGGUGGCGUUUUCUUCAGCUUUUGGGUGUUGGCUCACCUCUAUCCUUUCGCGAAAGGACUCAUGGGGAGACGCGGAAGAACACCAACCAUUGUGUUCGUGUGGUCCGGACUCAUUGCCAUUACAAUUUCCCUACUUUGGGUUGCUAUUAACCCCCCUGCAGGUAACACUGAAAUUGGAGGUUCAUUUCAGUUCCCUUAAAAACUUUACUAUGAAAGAUCUCCCUCCAAGGCGUACAUGACUUUCAUCUGAAUACGGUGAUUUUCCACGUAAUUAUGUAUGUAAUCUAUGAAAUCGAGUAUGAAAUUUUGUUUACUCAAUUAGUCUAAUUACACAAUCAAUUCAAAUUAUUCUUUUACUUCUCUUUUAGAGGUACAAUUUUUGUAGUUUCUGCCGUUUUAGUCUAUUGUUUGAGUCCAAAAUCACUCUGAGGCGCUUCUAAUUUACUGGAAUUGCUGGUUGAGUUUUUUUAAAUCCUCAAAUCUCUAUGCUCUACUAUUACUGUUUUAUGUCAACAACAAACAAACAAACAAACGCCACAUGUGAUCCCACGAGUGAGGCUUGUGGAGGGUGGUGUGUGUGCGAACCUCUUACCAAUGCCUACCUUGUGAAAGUAGAGGGAUUGUUUGCAAACCGUGAGAGCAGGGGAGAUAUCUAUCAUUUGACUGAUAAAAAGCAUCUCUCUUUUGUCGGGAUUGUUUGCAAACCGUGAGAGCAGGGGGAGAUAUCUAUCAUUUGACUGAUAAAAAGCAUCUCUCUUUUAUCCCUCCCGACUGAAGUCGCCAAAAAAAUCUCUAACUACUACAAUUACAGCUUUAUGUCAGUAACAAACAAACACCACAUGUAAUCCCACAAGUGAUGCAUGAGGAGGGUGGUGUGCAUGCAAACCUCUUACCAAUACCCUAUGAAAGUAGAGAUGAUGUUUUCGACAAAUCCCCCCAGUGAGGCAUGUGGAGGGUGGUGUGCAUGCAAACCUCUUACCAAUACCCUAUGAAAGUAGAGAUGAUGUUUUCGACAAACCCCCCCAACUCGAGUAAAACAUAGAGACAACUUUGAAGAUAUAAUACAAACAAGGAAAUAAAAAUGCAGAAAAAAUAUUCCAAUGGAGGGGGGAAUUGAAACAUAAUAAAACAGCAAUAUACCCAAUGUAUUCCCAAAAAGUGGUGUCUAGAGGGG